UGAUGAUGAUGAUGAUAAAAACCAUCAUCAUACUGUCGUUACAUAUUCUAGUGGAAAACUUUGUUGGAUGAUGAUGAUGUUAUCUAUUCGAUUACGACAACUAUUAUAUGUCAUGAUAUUAUUAUUAUCAUUAUCAUUACAACAAUCAUCAAUAGUGAUGGCUUCAAUAAUCGAUACUAGUAGUAGUGGUGGUGGUGGUGGUUUGGGUGUGGAAAAAUUAUCAUCACAACAGCAAUUAUUAUCACCGAUAUUUAUUGAUGAACCACCAUCACGAAUAUCAUUUGCAAAUUCCACCGGUACAGUUAUAUCAUGUUCAGCAACAUCAUCAAUAUCAUCAGUAAAAAUAUGGUGGAUUAAUGCUGAUAGUCAAACUAUUGUCCAAGAAAUUACCGGUAUACGUUAUAUACGACCGAAUGGUCAAUUAGUAUUUCCACCAUUUGAUUUAGAUCAAUAUCGACAAGAUGUUCAUUCAACGACAUAUCGAUGUAUGGCAAGUAAUACAUUUUCAACGAUUAGAAGCCGUGAUUGUCAACUAAGAGCGGUGGUACAUCAAUCAUUUAAACUACAAGUAUAUGAUGAAUUUGUAAUCAAAGAAAAUACAGCUAUAAUGCGUUGUCAUAUACCAUCGAUUGUUCGUGAUUAUGUACGUAUUGUUGCUUGGUUACGUGAUGAUCAUCAAAUAUUGGUAACGGCAAGUCAUAAUCCACAUUCUGGACGUUAUACAUUAUUAUCGACUGGUGAAUUACUCAUACGAAAUGUAACAUUUCAAGAUUCAGGAUUUUAUCGUUGUCAAAUACGACAUCAAUUAACUGAUGAAUUACGUACAAGUGAUGAAUCUGGUCGUCUUAUUGUUACUGAACCGCAUAAUGGUGUUGCACCAAGAAUAUGGACACAUACUACUGUUAUUUGUGAUUUAAAUACUAUUUGUGAAUUGAUUUGUAUAGCUCAAUCAUGGCCAUUAUCAUCAUAUAGAUGGUAUCGUGAAACUGAAACCGGUGUUUAUAUGGCUGCCAAUCUUUAUGAUGUCGAUAUUGUUGAUGAUGAUAAUAAUAAUAAUGGUGGUGAUGGUCAUCGAAUGAUAUUUCGUCCAACAAAAUCAACACAUAAUGGUCAAUGGAUUUGUUUAGCAAAUAAUUCAUUGGCUGAAGAAAAAGCUAUAAUACGUGUACAGGUACGAUCACCAUUACAGGUGAAUAUUGAACCUGGAAGACAAGUACAAGUUGAUGCAGGUAAUCCUGUUACAUUUAAUUGUUCGGUGAUUGGUGGUCCACCGAAUCGUCCACCAUCAUGGUAUUUUAAUGGUAAAAAUAUGCUCAAUAUUUUUCGUGAACAUAUCCGUGAUCAACGUAUUCGAUUGAUUGAACCAAAUAUUUUACAUAUUUCUGCCGUUCGAAGGCAAGAUGUUGGUGCAUAUCAAUGUGUGAUACAAUCUGAACAGGAUGAAUCACAUGCAAUUGUUGAACUUAAAUUAGGUGAUGUUGCACCAAUGUUAUUGGAAACAUUUCCCGAAAGACAAGUGAUUGAACCAAAUUCAGCGAUAUCGAUACGUUGUAUUGUAAUUGGUACACCAUUACCACAAUUACGUUGGUAUCUGGAUGGUCAACCAAUACCACCAAAUCUAUCUAGAUUUCGUACAGGUGAUCAUGUUACUAAUGAAGGAAAGGUGGUUAGUUUUGUUAAUAUAACCAAUAUUCGGGUGAUUGAUGGCGGCCAAUAUCAAUGUGUUGCUGAAAAUGAUGUUGGUCGUGUCGCAUAUGAUGGUUUAGUAUUGGUAAAUGGUGGUCCAAAUCUACGGCAAUCAUCAUUUUGGGGUACCACACAACAAAAACAACAUUCACAUCAACAUCAUCAUAAUAAUGUAAGCGUUGUUGCCAAUAUGGAUGCUAUAAUACGUUGUCCAAUCAUUGGUUAUCCAAUUGAAUCAAUUGAAUGGGAACAUAAUCAAAAUCGUUUACCAAUAAAUCAUCGACAAUCAAUUGAACCAAUUAUUGAUGGUUAUGGUGGUAUAUUACGAAUAAAAUCCGUUCAUUCAUUUCAAGAUUCAGGUGAUUAUAUUUGUACCGUUAGAAUGGCUACUAACAAUAACAUUGAUGAUGGUCAAUCGAAAAGUAAUUCUCGUUCAAAACAACAACAACAACAAUCAUUAUUAAAAGGAAAUGUACAAUUAAAUAUACAUUAUGCACCAAAAAUUGAUCGUAAUAGUUUACCUGAACGUAUAAAAACAAAACAAGGUGAUCGAAUUAAAUUAAUGUGUUCAGUAAUUGAAGGUGAUCAACCAAUCGAAAUUGAAUGGUUUCGUGGUUCAGGUACUAUGAAAUCAUUAGUAAGACAAACGGAUCAAAUUUCCAUACAGAAUGGUGAUGAAUAUUCAUUAUUAACAUUUAAAAUGGUUGCCAUUACUGAUUCGGAUAAAUGGACAUGUCGUGCACGUAAUGCAUAUGCAAGUGAUAAUAGUACAAUAGAAAUCAUUGUAAAUGUACCACCAAAAUGGAUUCACGAGCCAAAAAAUUCCAAAGUUAUUCUUGGUCAUAGUCUUACUAUUAAUUGCCAGGCUGAUGGUUAUCCAAAACCGAAAAUUGUUUGGAAAAAAGCAACAUUGUUGUCGAAUGAAAUGAAUUUUGAUCAACAACAACAACAAAAAACUAUUAGCCAAACUAAUAAUAAUGAUUUUCGUGAUAUACUUUCAAGUUAUCGUUAUCAAGUAUUUAGUAAUGGUUCAUUAUAUUUACAGGAAACUGAAAUUAUCGAUACUGGUUUAUAUAUGUGUCAGAUAAGCAAUGGUAUCGGUACUGAUCUAAGUAAAGUAAUACAGAUACAAGUACAACAACCACCACGUGUUGAACAAAAAUUUCAAACUGAAACAGUAAUUAAAGGACAAACAGCAUCCAUACAAUGUCGUAGUGAUGGUGAUCCAAUACUGAUGGCCGAAUGGAAACGUGAUAUGCAAUCAAUUGUUAUUCAACAACAACAACAACAACCCGCAUCAUCACAACAACAACAUUAUGUAAUCAAAGAAGAUCAAAGUCAAUCACAAAAUUCAAUAAUAUCAUAUUUGGAAAUUAUCGAUACAAAUCGUUUAGAUUCAGCAUUAUUUACCUGUACAAUAACUAAUCCAUUCGGAACGGAUAUCUGUAAUAUUCAACUUAUUGUUCAAGAGGUACCGGAACCACCACGUGAUAUAACUGUAACUGAAAUAACAAGUCGUACAAUAAAACUGAAAUGGAAACCAUCAUUUGCCGGUAAUAGUGCAAUUAUCGGUUUUAUUGUACAAUUUAAUGCCAAAUGUUUUAAUCAUCAACAUUCGAUUAAUAAUAAUGAUAAUAAUUUACCAAUAAUGAUGAUCAAUAAAAAUUUAAUCGAUAAAACGAUUGAUGAUAACAAUGAUGAUACAACGACCAACGGUGGUGGUGGUGGACAAACAUGGAAAGAAUUAUACAUUAAUGAUGCUAAUAUACAAUCAUUUAUAUUACGUGAAUUAUAUCCAUGGUGUACAUAUGAACUACAGAUGAAAGCACAAAAUUCUAUAGGGUUAAGUGAACCAAGUCAAUCGGUAACAUUUAAAACGUCGGAAGAAAUGCCCGGUGGUCCACCAAAAGAUGUUAGUGUUGAACCAUUAUCAUCAAAUUCAUUGAAAAUUAAAUGGCGACCACCCGAUCCAUUGUUACAAUUUGGACAAAUUAAAGGCUAUUAUAUUGGAUAUAGAAUUAUAUCAUCAAAUGGUGAUAUCAAUGGUAAUGGUGGUUCAAAUAGCCGCCGUAUUUCAACCGAUUCAUCAUCAUCAUUAUCAUUGUUGAAUGAACAACAAUAUUCAUAUAAAAAUGUUGAAGCAAAUUUAAUUGAAACAAUCAAUAAUAAUGGUGUUGGUGCAUAUGAAAUUGCUUAUCUAACAAAUCUUCAUAAACAUACAUUGUAUUCGAUUGUUGUACAGGCAUUCAAUUCGGCUGGUGCUGGUCCACGUUCCGAUGAAAUUACGGUACGAACAUUGAAUAUUCAAAAAUCCAAUACAAUUGUAUUGGAAGUAUUGAACACGGAUAUUGAUUCCAUAACACUCCAUUGGGAAAUUGAUGACUAUUCAUCAUCAUCAUCAUCAUCGUUGUCGUCAUCAUCGACGUCAUCAACAUCAGUGACCAAUGCAAAUGAUUUUAUUCUGCACAUUAGUGAAGAAGGUACGGCGGGCAAAUGGUUAGAAAAGCGUUUACCCGGACAAUUACGACGUCAUGUUGAAACAAAUCUAAAAUGUGGUACAAAAUAUCUUCUUUAUAUGACAUAUGCAUCAACUGGGCUACCAUCGGAACUACCUUCGACUGCUACAGGUGAAAUAAUAACAACACGAACAAAAGGAACGGUUGCAAUUUCACCAUCAUUCGAUGAAUUUCUUCAGGUUAAUGAUACAGCUGUAACAAUGAAUCUUGAUUCAUGGCAUGAUGGUGGUUGCCCGAUACAAAAUUUUACAAUAAAAUAUCGUCAACAUCGUUAUAAACAUUGGAAAAAUAUUGGUACAAUACGUUAUGAUCGUCAUCAUCAUAAUCAUAAUCAUCUGCAUCAACAGCAACGAUCAUCAAUAUUUACGAUAAAUAAUUUAGAACCGGAUCAGAUUUAUAUACUUUCGGUGAUGGCUGCAUCAACUGCAGGAAUGACUGAAGCUAUUUAUAAUUUUACUACAUCAAAUACAUCAUCAACUACAAUGAUAUUUCGCUUAUCACCACCAGAUCUGGCAUCAUUUGAAUAUCAAGCAAAUCAACCAUUUCAUAAUGUAACAAUAAUGUUACCAAUUAUUAUAUCGGUUAUUGUAUUGGUUGCUGUAUUGACUACAUUGAUUGCAUUUAUGCGUAAACAAGAAUUAUUACGUCAUGAACGUGAUUGUAUAACACAAUCAUCACAAAAUCUUCAUCUACGAUCAUCAUCAAUACGAUCUAAAGAUGAUCUGACAUUAACAACAACAACGGCCGAAAUGAUUGCCUAUCCAAUGGUCGAUUAUCAUACGCUUUGUUCGACACCUAAAAUGGAUAAUAAUAAUAAAAAAGCUCAAGAAGUUAUCGCUCAACAAACAACAACAACGACAGCUAUGCAACAACCAUUUGAUGAUAUUUAUAAUUCAAAAUCAUCGAUGUUUCAUCCGCAUUCGCAUCAUCCAACAUCAACAUUGAUGCACUAUUCGCCAUCAAUCAAUUCGAAACAUGCAAUUAUCUGUAGUGAAAAUAAUAAUAACAAUCUACGUUCAACAACACAUGUAACAAUCAAUAAUGGUAUCGGUAUUGGUAAUCAUCAUCAUAUCUAUGCUGAACCAAAUGGUGCUAUCAUUGGUCAUCCUUUAUUACAAGCGUCACAGCAGCAACAACAACAAUCGCAGCAACAGCCACCACAAUCAUUAUCAUCAUCAUCAUCAUCAACAACGUAUGCACAACCUCGAUUAAUUAUGGCAAAUGCUCAUAACAAUGAUAAUGAACAACAAACAUCGACAACAAUGAUGAUGAUGAUGAAUGUUGAUUCAUCCACAAUAGUUUCACAACCUGGUUCCAUCAACAAUAAUAGCAAUCAAAAUAAAAAUCAAUCAUUAAUGAAUGACCCAUUUAAUUGUGCCUUACUUGUUAAUCACAACAACAACAACAAUAAUGCAAAUACCCAUUUGUAAAUUGAAAAAUAACCCUUGGGUAUUUUUCUGCUGUG